CCUUAAAGGGGCAGCAGGAAAAGGAAAAGGUGUCUAUGUAUGUGUGUCUCUCUCUCUCUUGCCAGGCGGCCAUGGAGGGCAGCGACGGCAGGCGGGAGCUCUGCCUCUUCGACGUGGACGGCACCCUGACUGGGCCCCGGCAGAAAGUGACUCCAGAGAUGGCCAACUUCCUGCAGGCUUUGAGGAAGAAGGUGAAAGUGGGGGUUGUUGGUGGAUCAGAUUUCGAAAAAAUUCAGGAACAACUGGGGGACGAUGUUGUUGACAGAUUCGACUACGUCUUUCCAGAGAACGGUCUAGUGGCCUACAAAGAUGGACAGCUUCUGAGUAAACAGAGUAUUCAAAGCCAUCUGGGUGAAGAGCUGCUCCAAGACUUGAUCAACUACUGCCUGAGUUACAUUGCAAAACUUAAGCUGCCUAGGAAACGAGGCACUUUUAUUGAAUUCCGGAACGGGAUGCUGAACGUGUGUCCGGUCGGCAGAAACUGCAGCCAGAGUGAACGGAUUGAGUUCUAUGAGUUCGAUAAGAAGGAACACAUAAGGGAGAAAUUCGUGGCUGAUUUGCAAAGGGACUUCGCAGGGAAAGGCCUCACGUUUUCCAUAGGUGGACAGAUAAGUUUUGACGUGUUUCCAGACGGUUGGGAUAAACGGUUCUGCUUAGGAAUUGUUUCCAAAGAUGGCUUUAAAAAGAUCUAUUUCUUUGGCGACAAGACCAUGCCGGGUGGGAACGACUACGAAAUCUACACAGACCCCAGAACCAUCGGGCAUAGUGUGACUUCUCCUGAGCAAACAAGGCAGAUAUGUGAAGAAUUGUUCUUUAAAUAGGGCAUGGGACUUGUUUUACACCAAAAUUAACUGUAGGCUACUUAGAAUGGAUAUUCUAAUAUACGAGGGUGGGUCAAAAAGUAAUGCCUCCUGUGUCAUAAAAAUGUUAUGAAUGAACAUAUAACAGCAGAAGCUGCACCAGAUCAUAGCUGAACUGUCCUCUACACAAAACUACCAUUCAACAUAGUCAACAUCAAUUUGGACACAUUUUGCACCAUCGUUUAACCCAGGCAUCAAAACCAUUUUGGGAAAAUUCUGGGUUUUGCUUCAUGACCCAUGGUUUUAAAGCUGUUUUAGCAUCACUCAAGUCACUGAAUCUGAAACCACACAGGUUGUCUUUCAGAGGUCCAAACAGGUAAAAAAGUCAGAAGGGGCCAAAUCAUAAACAUUCUUCAAGCGAUGAUUAAUUUCCUUAGGGAUGAUUAAUUUUCUUUUGCCAGAAAUUCAAUGAUGACUCUUUCUUUUAGCUUCAGAAUCAUGGUUCUAAUCAGUCA